AUUAUUGAACCCGAAUGUGGUUCUACCAACUUUGGCCUUAAGUAGCUUUCUUGUCAAAAUCAUGGGGUCCAACUCCAAAUUUCUUUCCUUUGUAUCUACUUUAUACCAGUAAUUGCAUGUUUCCAAAUCAUGAAAAACAACAUGGAUGGAUAAUCAUUUCUGUCACUUUACCUGCUCUUCUUUCUUUAAAGUCAUCCCGUUUAAUAGUAUACAGUCUCGUAUAAUUGACAAAAAUAUAUCCCAAGUUACAUUGACUACUUGUAGCCCCAGCACCAACACAACCAACGCAAAUUCAGCUUCCAACACAACCACUUUCACUUAAAUGGUCAAAUUCCUGUUCAAAUAAAACUGAUAUCUGCAUUUGAGGCCUGAUCAUCCUCUUCCCAUCUCCGUUGAAAGAAAAAACCAUGAGAUCUAAGGCCCAAUUCACAUGCACCCUGAAGGUAGCACUUCUCAGCCUUGCGGUUCUCAUCCUCUUCAUCAUGCUAUUCCGGUCAUCAAUAUUCUCAGGGUCUCAGCAACUGACCUCACAGAGCAACACGCCAAUAGUUUCAGUUUCAGUUUCAGCAGAAGAAGAAUCUCAUCAGUCAACAGCAGCAGCAACAGAACCAUCAUGCCCUCCACUCCCCUUGACACCCACAUGCACCAAAGCCCCUCCAUCUUUAGCCAAUGCCUUGAUCCACUAUGCAACCACCAACAUCACCCCUCAACAGACCCUCCAUGAGAUCUCAGUAUCAUCAAAGGUUCUUCAGAAGAAAUCCCCAUGCAACUUCCUUGUGUUUGGCCUUGGUCAUGAUAGCCUCAUGUGGACAGCACUCAACUAUGGUGGCCGCACCGUUUUCCUUGAGGAAGAUAAGUCUUGGAUUGACCAAAUCCAACAGAAGCUACCAUCUUUGGAGUCUUACCAUGUGGUGUAUGACACCAAGGUUCACCAAGCUGAUGAGCUAAUGAGAAUUGGAAUGGAAGAGGAUUGCAAAAAGGUGACUGACCCAAGAUUUUCCAAGUGCCAAUUAGCCCACAAAGGGUUCCCAAGUGAAGUUUAUGACAUAGAUUGGGAUGUGAUCAUGGUUGAUGCACCCACAGGUUACUUUGAAGGAGCACCUGGGAGGAUGAGUGCAAUUUACACAGCUGGUUUGAUUGCUAGGAACAAAGAGCAUGGCGACACUGAUGUGUUUGUCCAUGAUGUGGAUAGGGAUGUGGAGGACAAGUUCUCAAAGGCUUUUCUCUGUGAAGGGUAUUUGAGGGAACAACAAGGAAGGAUCAGGCACUUCAACAUUCCUAGCCACAAGGCUCGUUCUGGUAGACCCUUUUGUCCAUGAGUAAAUAAAAUCCAUAAACACAUUUGUUCCCUUUCUCUCUCACCAUAGCCAUUUAUCAUCAAUUUAUUAAGUCAUUAUUAAGAAAAGUA